ACUCGCUACUCUACGAUUCCGUUUCUCAUAGAUAUAUGCGAUCACAUAGUAAAACCCUAAACCAGCAAGUGAAAGAGAUGGCGCCCAAACCCAAAGCCUCGAAAUCCUCCUCCUCCUCCUCUGUCUCAGCCCCUUUCAAACGUGGCUCUGUGGUGGAGGUCAGCUCCGACGAUGAGGGCUUCCGCGGUUCUUGGUUUUCCGGCACCGUCGUCCGCCGCAUCGCCUCCGACAAGUUCAUGGUGGAGUACGACAACCUGAUGGCCGACGAACAAAGUUCCAAGCGGUUGAAAGAAGUCAUAAGUCUUCACCAGCUCCGACCAUUACCACCGGCGGAGAGCCACCCGGAAUUCAAGUUCGGCGAUGAGGUGGACGCAUUCCACAACGACGGCUGGUGGGAGGGCCACAUAACGAAAGAUUUCGGGGAUGGUAAUUUUGCUGUGUAUUUCAGGGUCUCGAGGGAGCAAAUCGUGUUUCCCAAGGAGAGUCUUAGGAUCCACCGCGAGUGGAUCAAUGAAAAUUGGGUUCCGCCAAUUGAACAACAACAAGAACAACAACAACAGGAUAAUGGAGUGCAGAAAGAGGAGUUGACGCAAAAUUUGAAUUUGGUUGAAACUGUGACGGAGGAGGAAGAGUUUUUGGUUGAAACUGUGACGGAGGAGGAAGAGUUUAAGGUAGGGACAGUAGUGGAGGUUAGUAGUGACGAAGAUGGUUUCCAAGGAGCUUGGUUUUCUGCCACUGUAGUUGAGGCAAUGGGAAAGGAGAAGUUCUUUAUUGAGUACCAGAGCCUACUGGCUGAUGAUGAUUCACAGCUUUUGAGAGAGGAGGCUGAUAUCCAUCACAUAAGGCCUCAUCCGCCGGAAACUAGUGUUAGUGGUCAAUUUAAACUUCUUGAUGAAGUUGAUGCGUGGUACAAUGAUGGUUGGUGGGUUGGUGUGGUUUCUAAAGUUCUUGAUGACUCAAGAUAUAUAGUUUUCUUCAGGAACACCAAUGAAGAACUAGAGUUUCAGGGCUCUCAGUUAAGGCUACACCAGGAUUGGAUUGAUGGAAAAUGGAUCAUGGCUUCUAAGGCAUUGAAGUUGUGAUCGCUGAAGAUAGCAAGAGAUAGAAGAGAAAACCCAGUUUCAGUCUAGUCACUGGCCAGGAUUCCUACUAACUGCAAUAAUGAGAAUAAAACUUCCGUAUAUUUAAGACUUCCUAGUUCCUACGAAUCAAAACUUGAACUCAACUUGCUCGAUAUGCUAAUGGCCUUUUUAGGUUCCCGAUUAUGUAGUUUACUAUUAGAGGUUGACUUUUAGAUUUGAAUUAGUGUGCCAGCUACAAGCUACGUAUGCAGUUACAAAAUCUUCAGACGUUUUUCAUUACAAA